UCACAGGGCCCUUCGAGACACGAUGGGCAUCGCCGAUGGCAUGGAACAGGGCAGGAUGUCACAGGGCCUUUGUGACACGUGUUGACAUAGUACUGGUGGUGACGUGGCCACGCCUCAGUGCUCCUCGGAGCAUGCGACGGGACAGACGGGAUAGAGCGGUGCUGUGUGGAGCCCCCACGCAGUCAACUCCUUCCUUUCUGACCCGGAGCGUUUUGGAGGUGUUUCUGUGUUGCAGGUGUCCUCGAGGCCAGACCGCGGGACUUGGUGACGCGGAGCUUUUGUGAGGUGUCCCCAAUCCCUGUGGCAAGUGCCCUUGAGGCCGCACUGCACAGCUUGAUAACCCAUAGUGUUUCCUAGGCUUUUCUCUCAUUCAGUUGCCCUCGAGGCCAGACCGCAGGAUUGGUGAUCCGGAAAUUUUCCGGGGAGUCUCCAAUCCCUGUGGAAGGUGGCCUCGAGGGCAGCCUGCAGGACUUGGUGACCCGGAGAUCUUCCGAGGUGUCUCUCUCUUGCAGGUACCCUCAAGACCAGACUGUCGGAUGGUAGGAAGACGCCUGAGCCUGCUCAGGCCCUUUCGGAAGAAGAAGGAAGGCCCUGGGACUACCCCAGCACAACACCCUGAGGAGGUGGAGCAGUUCCAGCCCCUGCAGGAGGAUCCAGGCCAGAACCAGACACAAGAGCAGGACCGUGCCUGUGGCCGCUUCCGCAGGGCAGUACAGACCUUUCUGAAAUUGUUGGGCGUUCGGCGUCGAAAGUACAGAAUCACACCAACUGAGGUCAUGGCACAGCCUGACCCCACGCCGACUGAGCUCAAGGCGGGCCCUGAUGUCGGCACCGCGUCAGUUGAUGGCACAGCAAACUGUGACACUGCGGUGACCGAUCACGUGACAAACUCCAACAUGGCACUGCCUGAGCUCACCAUGGAGACUGAUGGUGCAACGACUGAGGGCAUCGCAGAUGCUGACAGCACACCCGUUCAGCGCCUGCCAGAUGCUCCCAUUCUGGAUAUUCUUGACGAGGGAGUUACCUCUGUGGAAGAAACCAUGAAGGCAGACAGAGACAUGGAGCGGAGACCCCCCAGGGUGCUCAAGCUAGUCUGGGUGAAGAAAGUGGACGAGGAAAGCCCUGGGGCUGCCCCAGCACAACACCCUGAGGAGGUGGAGCAGUUCCAGCCCCUGCAGGAGGAUCCAGGCCAGAACCGGACACAAGAGCAGGACUGUGCCCGUGGCUGCUUCCACAGAGCUGAUCAGAGAGUGUGGAAAUCCAUGGGCAUUCAGUGUAGAAAGACCAGGACAUCACCAACCAAGGUCAUGGCACAACCUGGCCCCACACCGACUGAGCUCAAGGCAGACCCUGAUGUCGGCACCGCGUCAAUUGAUGGCACAGCAAACUGUGACACUGUGGUGACCGAUCACGUGACAAACUCCAACAUGGCACUGCCUGAGCUCACCAUGGAGACUGAUGGUGCAGGGACUGAGGGCAUCGCAGAUGCUGACAGCAUACCCGUUGAGUACCUGCCCGAUGCUCCCAGCCUGGACGUUCUUGGGGAGAGAGUUGUCUCUGCUCAAGUAGCCAUGGACCCAGACAGAGACAUGGAGCGGAGACCCCCCAGAGUGCCCAAGUUGGCUUGGGUGAAAAAAGGGGAGGAGGAAAGCCCUGGGGCUGCCCCGGCACUGCAGCCUAAGAAGGUGGAGCAGUUCCAGCCCCUGCAGGAGGAUCCAGGCCGACACCAGACAAAAAAGCAGGACCGUACCCGUGGCCACUCCCGCAGAGCUGAUCAGAGGUUGCAAAAAUCUGUUCCUGUUCGCCGUAGAAAGACCAGCGCCUCACCAACUGAAGUUUUGGCACAGCCUGAGCUCAACUCGACCAAGCUCAAGGCCAAGGCUGAUGCCCGAGGGACUGAGGGCAUCCCAGACGCUGACAGCACACCCAUUCAGCGCCUGUCUGAUGCUCGCAGUCUGCACGUUCUUGAGAAGAGAGUUGUCUCUGCUCAAGUAGCCAUGGACCCAGACAGAGACAUGGAGCGGAGACCCCCCAGAGUGCCCAAGUUGGCCUGGGUGAAAAAGGGGGAGGAGGAAAGCCCUGGGGCUGCCCCAGCACUGCAGCCUAAGAAGGUGGAGCAGUUCCAGCCCCUGCAGGAGGAUCCAGGCCGGCACCAGACAAAAAAGCAGGACUGUGCUCGUGGCCGCUUCCGCAGAGCUGAUCAGAGUUUGCAGAAAUCCGUGGUCAUUCAGCGCAGAAAGACCAGGGCCUCAUCAUCUGAAGUCAUGGCAAAGCCUGACCCUAGCCCAAUGGAGCUCAAGGCCAAGGCUGAUGCCCGAGGGACUGAGGGCAUCGCAGACGCAGACAACACACCCGUUCAGCGCCUGCCUGAUGCCCCAAGCCUGCAUGUUCUUCGGAAGAGAGUUGUCUCUGCUCAAGAAACCAGGAAGGCAGACAGAGACGUGGAGCGGAGACCCCCCAGAGUGCCCAAGUUGGCCUGGGUGAAAAAAGGGGAGGAGGAAAGCCCUGGGGCUGCCCCAGCACUGCAGCCUAAGAAGGUGGAGCAGUUCCAGCCCCUGCAGGAGGAUCCAGGCCGGCACCAGACAAAAAAGCAGGACUGUGCCCGUGACCGCUUCCGCAGAGCUGAUCAGAGGGUGCGGAAAUCCAUUCCUGUUCGCCGCAGAAAGGCCAGCGCCUCACCAACUGAGGUGUUGGCACAGCCUGAGCCCAACCCAACCAAGCUCAAGGCCAAGGCUGAUGCCCCAGGGACUGAGGGCAUCUCAGACUCUGACAGCGCACCCAUUCAGCGCCUGCCAGAUGCUCCCAAUCUGGACUUUUCUGGGGACAGAGUUAUCUCUGCUCAAGUGCCAGCUGUGGUGAGGUCCAUCCAUCGGUGGCUGACCUCCAAUGUGUCUGCUGGGCACGUGCUAGAUAAGACCCUUCUAGCACUGACCGAGGCACACCCCAUGGAUGUCGCCAUCACCCUCCUACGCUGUGCCCCCUCGUGUGACAGAGCUGCUGCAACCAUGUGGAGGACCAUCGCCUCAUCAGGAAAAACACUGGGGAAGGUGCUGCCAACACUGCUCCGCGUGAUGGAGGACUGGCCAUGGCACAGCACAUCCACCUCUGAUGGGGACAACACAGCCAUCUUUGCCUUGGCUGCAACUCUGGCAUUGUGGAUGAUUGUCCAAGAGCCCCAGUGCCCAGGGCCGUUGAUGGACUAUUCCCCCCAUCUCCUCGUGGCUCUGCUGUUCCAAAUAUUCAUCAGCACAGAGCAGAUGUCAGAGGAGGUCGACAACUUCUGGAGGGGAUGCCAGGAGCAACACGACCUUCCCACCAACCCCAACAGGUUUGCAGUGCUGACCAUGAAGGCCUUGCUGUGCUGUCUGCACUGUGAGGAUGUGGUGAAUUCGGUGGAAAACAAUCGUGGCUGGGCGAGGCUCCUCAAUGCUCGCAGCCGCCGCUACGCAGCAGCUCUGCUGGCCAGGGAGAUGCACCGUUUCUCCAGCCCCUUGUGUUCCCGGAUCACACUCCACCUGCUGGAGCUGCUGCGCAGGGAGGAGCCGUGCUGGGACCUCCCUGCCGUGGCAUUCCUUGUGGAGGUCCUGGACUGCCUGGACACGAGAGAAUGUGGUGACAGAGUCCUGGAGAUCCUUUCAAGGAACUUGGGGAGCACGAACAAAAAGUGGCGUCAACUGGCCCUCAGAGUCCUCGUAGCACUCAGCCAGGAUCCCGAGAUGGCCAAGAGCAUCUGGAGCCUGAAUGAAAGCCUUUUGCAGCUACUGGGGGAUGCAGACAGAGAUGUGGUUUGGAUGACCCUCUCUGUGCUCGACAAUGUGCUCUGGAGCCGUCUCUGGACACAGCUCCAGAAGAGAGUCCACAGCGAAGACCCCCUAAUAUCCACCCCCACUGCCCUGCAGUUGGCUGAGGCGCUCCGGCCACUGUUUGACCACGAUGACAGCAGUGUGUGGGAGGGCUCCAUUGUCAUCUUCACUCUUUUGAUGAAACUGAUGGAGAGAGUGGGAAAGAGGCCCCUGAAGCCACACGUGUGCCUGAGCCUGCUCCCGCUCUACUUCCACCGGUAUGAUGAGAACCUGGUCGUGAAAAAGGCCUCUCAGAAAGCACUGCUGGCUGUGACCAGGUUCCUAAAGAGGAGGGAUCUUGGGCGCCUGGUGAACACAGAGGAGCCAUGGAAGUUUGGCGAGUGCCUGCUGAAAAGGGACCAGAGCCGAGUGGCCAAGUACGUUCACCAGGCCCUGCCGUACCUGCGGAGCCCACAGCAGCCCCUGCGAGAGGCAGCCAUCAAGUUCAUGGGGAUCGCCGGGGGGUACCUGAGGGGACAGCACAAAGAGCUGCAGCUCAUCAUUGACGCCCUUCAAGCCACGAGAAAUGACAGGAGCCCCGCUGUCUCAAACCUGGCACUUGAAAACAUCGACUUUGUUAGAGCUGUACAGAGAGCUAGAGCUCCCCCCUCCAGGUUCCAGCAGCUCCAAGACCAGCUCUGCAGGGCAUGGAACAGCCUGCCUUCUCUGUGGGGCUGUGUCUGCUGUAGCUGUGUGGAGAGUUGAUCCUGGCAGCUCUGUCUGUUUGAGCCACCUGAGCCUGUGGGGAAGAUGCUUCUCCGCAAGCCUUUCUUUUUACCUUAGCAUAGGAAUAUUAAAUAAAUAAUGUCAUACACAGAA